AUGGGGGAAAGGAUUUUCACUAACUUUUUGAUCGUAUACGUGUAUGUUUUUUCUGGAUUCCAGUUUGCCAACACACACCGUGAAAUUCAAACCGAUCGUCCAAUCGUGGGAAUCGUUGCUCAAUCAAUACCCCGGUCGUGGAAGCAAUAUGUUGGAGCCGGAUCCUCAUAUAUUGUGGCAUCUUAUGUAAAGUUCCUUGAAGCAUCCGGUGCCCGAGUUGUCCCUAUCAGGACUGAUCUCAACGAAGAAAAAAUUAAGAAGCUGUUUCAAUCUAUUAACGGCGCCAUUUUUCCUGGCGGCCGAGUUGGUCUAUUCCAAUCUGGUUAUGCUAAUACGUCAAGAAUAAUUUUUGACCUAGCGAUGAAAACCUUUGAUAAUGGAGGUUAUUUUCCGAUAAUGGGAAUGUGUCUUGGGCAUCAGUUUUUGGCUACUGUAGUAAAUGGUCCGGGCGAAAUCCGUAUUCGCACAGACGCCUACAAUUUCCGCGCUCCUUUGAAUCUAAAGAAGGAUUUUCGUGAAAGUAAAUUAUUUCGUAAUAUUCCAGAUUAUUUGGUGAAACCCUUCAACACGACGUUUACAGCACAUUUUCAUAAGUAUUCUUUGCCUUUCAAGUUAUUUCAAGAAAACAAGAAAUUAAAAGAUUUUUACAAGGUUCUUACGACAAACUUUGAUCGCAAAGGCACGCAAUUUGUAUCAACGUUGGAAGCAAGGAAAUAUCCGUUUUAUUCAACGCAAUGGCACCCUGAGAAAUGUGCAUUCGAGUGGGGGAUCAAAAAGAAAACUCCGCACGACUUAACGGCAAUUAAACUAGGCCAGUAUAUGUCAAAUUUCUUUGUAAAUGAGGCGAGGUUUAGUAGUCAUAAAUUUUCGUCAGAGAAGGAGGUGAGAGGAGCUCUUAUUUAUAAUUAUCAACCCGUGUAUACUGGCAAGAGACAAGGUUUCGCUUAUGAACAACUUUAUGCCUUCUAA